AUGGAUAAGUCAUGGAUGCACUCGGAUAGAAGAUCGAAGGCAUAUGAGUUAGGGGUGGAAGCAUUUUUGAACUUUUCUGUAGAAAAUCUUCUAACUACCACACAUAUCCGUUGUCCAUGUGUUAAAUGUGUUAAUUUGAAAUUGUUUGGGGUUGGAAUUAUAAGGGAUCACUUAUACUUUAAUGGAGUUGACCAAAGCUAUAAGAAUUGGACAUUUCACGGAGAACCUUGGGAAGCAGCUACUAAUGCUAGUAGAAAUGUUGAAGAAGAUGAUGACCAUAGUAGGUACAGUUUUGUGUCUGAAGAAAUAGAGAUGGAUGAUAAUGAUUUUGGUGAUUUUGGAUCUGAUCCUUAUGAGUUUGCCAAUGUGAUUGGGGAUGGAGAUCAACCAUUGUACCCUGGUUGUAGAAAGUACACGAAGUUAUCGGCAUUAGUGAAGUUGUAUAAUUUGAAGGCAAAAUAUGGGAUGAGUGAUGUCUGUUUUACAGAAUUAUUGAUACUUCAAGGCGAUUUGCUUCCAGACGGAAAUACAAUACCGGCCUCUAUGUAUGAGGCAAAAAAGACUUUGUGUGCAUUGGGGCUGAGUUAUGAGAAAAUGCACGCAUGCCCCAAUGAUUGCAUCUUGUAUAGGAAGGAGUAUGAGGAUUUAACUCAUUGUCCUAAUUGUGGUAUCUCAAGGUGGAAGGAAGGCAAAGAUUCAAUCUUGAAAGAGGGUGUGCCAGCGAAGGUGGUGUGGUAUUUUCCUCCAAUUCCAAGGUUUAAAAGGAUGUUUCGAUCACAUGAGACCGCUAAGAGUUUGACUUGGCAUGCUGCUAGAAAAUCAAUUGACGGUUAUAUGUCUCAUCCAGCGGAUUCCCCGUCUUGGAAACUUCUUGAUGAUAAAUGGCCCGAGUUUGGUAAUGAGCCGAGAAACUUGAGAUUGGCUCUUUCAUCUGAUGGAUUCAAUCCCCACAGUUCUCUAAGUAGCAGAUAUAGUUGCUGGCCAGUUAUCUUAGUUACAUAUAAUCUCCCUCCAUGGCUGUGCAUGAAACGAAAGUUCAUGAUGUUGACCUUAUUGAUUUCCGGUCCUAAACAGCCCGGAAAUGAUAUAGACGUCUACUUGGAGCCUUUGAUUGAUGAUUUAAAAUCUUUGUGGGAUGGGAUUGGAGGAGUGUAUGAUGCACAUAAUGGAGAAUACUUUACACUCAGAGCUGCAUUAAUGUGGACAAUUAAUGAUUUCCCCGCCUAUGGAAACUUAUCUGGUUGUGUUGUUAAAGGAUAUAAAGCUUGUCCAAUAUGCGGCGAUGAUACACCUAGUCACAGGUUGAAAAAUGGCCACAAAAUUUGUUACAUUGGGCAUAGAAAAUGGUUACCGAUCAAUCAUCCAUAUAGGAGGCAACGUGCAGCUUUUAAUGGGAAACCUGAAUAUGGCACGCCUCCUGAGCCAUUAACCGGAGAAGAAGUGCUGCAUAUGGUUGAAGAUGGUGACAGAGUUUGUUGGAAGAAGAAAUCAAUAUUCUUUGAUCUCGAGUAUUGGAAAUACCUUCCUGUGAGGCAUGUCCUAGAUGUUAUGCACAUUGAGAAGAACGUUUGCGAUAGUAUCAUUGGUACAUUGCUGGAGAUCCCUGGAAAAAAUAAAGAUGGGAUUGCUGCUCGAUUAGAUUUAUUGAACAUGGGGGUCAAAACUGAUUUGCAACCCGAGUAUGGAGAAAGACGUACUCGUUUGCCUCCCGGGCCUUGGAAUUUGUCAAGAGCAGAGAAGAGAGAGGUUUGCAAUUCUUUCUAUGGUAUGAAGGUCCCUGAAGGUUAUUCUUCAAAUAUAAAAAAUCUUGUAUCUUUACAAGAUUCAAGACUUCUUGGCCUUAAAUCACAUGAUUGUCAUACCUUAAUGCAACAAUUGCUCCCUGUGGCAAUUCGUUCUGUUUUGGAGAAGCCUGCAAGGGGUAUGUUCAAAUCGUACUCGCCCGAAGGUUGCAUUGCUGAGCGGUAUAUAGCUGAAGAAGCUGUAGAUUUUGUACCGAGCAUUUAUCUGAUGUUAGUUCAAAGUGAACUUAAUGAGGAAGACAAUCAUGGCGUAUCAGAAAAUUUAAGGUGGCUAGCAGCUGGUCCAAACAUGGCAGUGCCAUUAUAUAGGAGCUAUCUCAUUAAAGGUAUUAAAUUCAACAUCAAGGCACAAGAUGAUGUGCGGACAACUCAAAAUAGUGGAGUUUAUUUACUUGCACAUACUAUGCAAGUUGCUAGUGCCAAGGAUAAAAACCCAAUUCUCUCAAAUAUGGGUUUCUAUGGUGUCAUUCAAGAAAUUUGGGACCUUGACUACCAAAAGUUUACAAUCCCAGUCUUUAGGUGUGAUUGGAUUGAUAAUACUUCUGGUCUUGUAGUGGACGAACUUGGAUUUACCCUUGUAGAUUUGAGUAAAAUUGGACAUAGGAAUGACCAAUUUGUUUUGGCUUCUCAAGUCAAACAAGUAUUUUUUGUUGACGACCCGAUGCAUCGUGGUUGGUCGGUAGUGUUAUCAAUGCCUAAUAGAGAAUAUAAUGAUGUUAUUGGUGAUGAUGUCUUAGGUGAUGUGAGAAUUGAGUGUGAGCCAUUUACUAGGGGGAUGCCAAAUGUUGACACAUUUGAUGAAGUGGUGGUUGAGUUAGGGAGUCAAAAUAUUCGAGAUGGGUGUGAAGAUAUAUGGGUUGAAUGA